AUGACAACAAACAUUUAUGCUAAGCUCUCCCAUAUUCAAAAUGAAAUAGAAGUACCUAGUGAUUAUAACUAUUCAGAAACCUUAAAACUUCUAACUCCCCUAUUAGAAAAACAUAAAUUAACCCUUACAUUAAGCAAUGACCCCAAAUCGUUUAUCCAUGAAAAGAUAAAAAAACAAGAAGAAAUGAUUGAUAUUCUUGUAGGAGAAGUUAAAAGAUUAAAAACUGAGUUAAUUAAGUAUGAAUUGAUUAAGGAACUGAUAAAUAACGAAAGCGGGAAUUUUCUUGUUGAAAGAAAAAGGAGAGAAAUUUUAAAAAGGCAAGGUAUUGAUUUGGGUUAUUCUUGUGAUGGUUCUUGCGAAACAGAAACUAACCAAGAAGCAAAAGGAGAAGAGAUUGAAGUUAAAAAAGUUAAUCAAUACAUCGAAGAAGAUAUUAAACGAAUUCAAGUUAGAGAACAAAACUCUACUAAGGCAGAUAUUAAAAACCAAAAACGGAAGAGGAAAGGAAUUAGCAAACAAGAAGCGAUGAAGCACUCUAAACCAAGUAAGAAAAAAAACAAAGUCAUUUGUAAGGAUUGCGGAGGUGAAUAUUUAACUCAAAAACUACUCAAACUCCAUCUUGAUUCUCUCGGUAAUCAAAAUCAACAAAAAGAAGCUAGCGAAUUAGAAGAAAAAAAUGAAGAAAUAAAAAAAUCAGCACUUGAGUUAAAAGAAAAAAUGGAAGAAAUUUCCCAAAAAUUAAUAACUAAUGAAGCGGUGGCCAAAACUUUAUUGGAAAAUGUUGAUAAAAGUAUUAAGGGAGAGAUUGUAAAUCAACAAAAAUUAUUCCAAGAUAAGAAUAAAGAAUUGAGCGAAAAACUAAACAAAGAUUUAGAACUUCGUCUUAAUAAUAAUCAGCAGUUAAUAAAAACACAUUUAGAAAAUUUAAACAAGGGAAUAUCACAACCUUUAGAAAAACUUAAUAGCGUUCUUUUACAUUCUGAAAAUGGACUUUACCAAACUGAAUUUCAGUUGAAAAAAAGAAGAACCAAAAAUAAAGAAGAGGGCUUAAGGGUGGAUGCUAUUGUUUUUAGUGCGGACAACCGAAAUAAUAUUGCGAUUGAUAGUAAAUUUCCUCUUGAAAAUUAUCUUUCUUCAGCAGAUGGUAGUUUAACCGAAGAAAAAAAAGAACAGUUUGAAAAGCGGUUUGAAAACGAUGUAAAAAAACAUAUUGAUAAGGUUGCUGAAUAUUUUUCCCCCGAAGAAGAUGAAUUAAGAGAUGAAUAUGCUUAUGAAAUUUCCGAAGAAUUAGCCUUUACUGGUUCUUAUGGAGAGCGGGUAGCCAAGAUAGAUAUUGGUAAGAUUGUUAAUUAUUCAAAAGAACAUUUUAAAUCUAAAACUUUAAGACAAAUUAUUAGAUACAACAAAAGAGUUCAAGACAGCAACGACAAACAAGAAAUAUUCAAAUUAGCAACUAGAUUAGCUUAUAAUUUUGAUAUGAUUGUUAACAAAACCGGUUGGAAUUACUUCACUUUACUCAAUAAAGAUAAUUCUUAUCAAGGAGUUAGAAUUGGUUGUAUUGACAUUGAUGAAAAAGAUAACCAAGGCUUAAAAACUAGUGCUGGUUAUUUUCAAGACCAAAAGAUAUUAGACUUUAAGAUAUCAGGAGGAAUUAUGGGUCUAGGGAGUAUUCAUCCGAAUGGCAAACCUUAUUCUUUAAAAGGAGUAGGGAGUUUCUUUUUACAGAAUAAUAAGCAAAAAAUUGCUCACCAAGGAGAAGCAACUGAAAAUUUAUUCAUUCCCAAGACAGAACCACCGAUGAAUUAUAAAGGGUUAGAAAGAAAUAAUUUUUCCAAAAUAGGCUACGGAGAGCAUGGUAGACAAUUUAAAGUUUACCAUGGGGCUAAUGAAAAACAGCCCUAG